AUGGAGACUGGAGGUGCUUUUGUGCUCUGUAUCUUCUGCUUCAGUCUCUUGAGAGGAACAUGUGGAGAUCUGAAGCACGUGUAUAUGAAGAUUGUGGAUCUGGCGGCUCCGGGUCAGGAGUUUCUCACAGAAGAUGCUGUUCGCUCGCUUUGUGAACGGCUGGAGAUUCGGGUGCAGUGCUCCGGUGUGACCUAUGGAAAGUGUCUGUCUGUGUCAGGUGUGUCUCAGCUCUUGAGGAACUACAGUAGUUCAGAUGGUCUACAGAUGGAGGAGUUCUUCACGACAGCCGCUGGUUUCUGUCUGUUUCUGAGCUCUCCAGAGGACACCUGCGGGGUCAUACGUGAGGGCCGAUGGGGUGCCGAAACCCAACACUUCAUUGAAUCAAUCUUAGGCCACGGUCACCGUGACAACAACAUCAGCACCAGCCAUCCUCCACGUGACAGUGUCACAGAAUAUGAGGGUUUGGAGCGAGUGUUUCUGGAUAUCGAGAAACACUAUCAGCCCGACGCUCAUGAGCCCUGUCUCUCGCUGAACGACAUUCUGGAGGAGAGCAGCGAUCAUCACGGAGAUCACACACACGUGGAGCUGGACGUCGUGUUUGGAAACAUUCUUUAUCAUGUUCUGCGUGGAGACUGCGUGAGAGCUCAUGUCCUGCCGGAGCGACAGUACUUUCUGGAUUACAUCUUCAACCGCUCAGAGAAUCUCACCCUGCACGAUUUUGAAGAGCUUCUGAACACGCUGAAUCUGGGUGGAGGUGAACAUGAUCAUCACGAGCAUCAGAGCAGCAGAAAGACCCUCAGACUCAAUCACACAGAGGGUCACCAUGACAACAGCAGCCGGGUCUCUACGUGUUUUAGUGCUGAAGAUCUGUUGAGAAUCCACCACAUCAACUCUUCGGCACUGACCAGAGAUCAGUUCACUCAGCUCAGCCCUGCCCUGAUUCAGCAGAUGCUCAGCGGAAGCUGUUCUGAGAUCAGUCUCUGCUCCGCGAGCUCUGAUUCACUGACUACAGCUGAACGUUAUGGAUACGCCACCCUGGCGAACAGCCUGGUGUGUCUGAUGUCUGUGUUUGGGAUCGUGCUGUUGUUAUUCUCUGUCUGUACUCGGCUGUUUGACUUGUGUAUUCAGUUCUGCAUCAGUCUGGCCGUGGGCUCUCUCACAGGUGAUGCUCUUCUGCAUCUCAUCCCUUCUUUCUUAGGUCUUCAUUCACAUGAAGAAAGUGGACAUGAUCACGAUCAUUCUGAGGAAAACUUGCACUAUAUUUACAAGCUUCUGGUGGUUGUUGGAGGCAUUUACGUCUUCUACUUGCUUGAGACUCUGUUCUCCAUCAUCACCCGACAAGACCAUCAUCAUACAGACCCUCAUCACUGCGACCACAGUAAAGUCCUGCAGAUGUUUCAGAGAAGACGAGAGAAUCAGUCCAACUCACAGACUGAACUGGUGGAUGGACAAAACAACACCUUGUUCCUGGAAUCAGUUACUCAAAGAGAGCAGCGUUUGCUUCCCUACAUGAUCACCGUUGGAGACGGCAUUCAUAACUUUGCCGAUGGUUUGGCGAUGGGUGCGGCGUUCUCCGUGUCCUGGCGCUCGGGUCUGGCCACGUCUCUGGCCGUGUUGUGUCAUGAGCUGCCACAUGAGCUGGGUGAUUUCGCUGUGUUGAUCAGUUGUGGUCUGUCUGUAAGGAAAGCUCUGUUGUUGAACGUCGGCAGCGCUCUCACUUCUUUCAUCGGGCUGUACAUCGCUCUCUCCGUCUCUACACAUACAGACGCUCCACAGUGGAUUUCUGCAUUCACCGCUGGACUCUUUCUGUACGUGGGCCUCGUCGACAUGUUGCCCUCCAUGAUUCGUGUGGACAGUACGAGACCCUGGCUGAUGUUUCUGCUACAGAAUCUGGGGCUUUGGAGCGGUUGGGGCAUUCUGUUGCUUCUGUCUUUAUAUGAAGACCAGAUAGCUGUGUAAACAAGUGACUUACACAACAUUCAAGCUGUACAUUUGAUCAGUUUUUGUGCUGCUUACAAAAUUUAAAAAACUUAGUUUUAGACUGAUUAAGCUUUUUUUAGCACAAUGACAUAAGGUAACACUUUACAUUAAUGUUCCCUUUAUGAAGCAUUUAUAAAUGUGUUCAUUAAUGAUAAAUAAGUCAUUUACAGAUGCUUUAUGAAGCAGUUAUAACGGCCUAAAUAAAAAGGGAUUCUAACGAAAUCCAUGCCAAAUAGUGAGCAGGUAUAAGAAAAACAUCACAACACCCCACAGUCUCCCGUCUGACGGCCCGUUUUGCAAACAACAUCAAGAUAAUAAUGAAUCUGCUUUCAGUCAAAUAAAUAAUGAAUAAAUACACUUAUUAAGCAUUUAUAGCAUGUGAGUUAAAAAUGGCUCACUAUUUGGCAGGUACUUCGUUAGAAUCCCCCUUUUUAUUUAGGCCGUUAUAACUGCUUCAAAGUUGUAAAUGACUUAUUAAUGAGCACAUUUAUAAAUGCUUUAUAAAGGGUACCUUAAUGUAAAGCGUUACCCAGUUUUACUGAUAGGCUCACUGCAUAAAAUUAAGCAAAGAAAGCAUAAGAACAUUUAUUACUUUAAACAAUAUAUAUAGAGCUAUUUUUAAAAAGUACUUAUCAACUUUUCACCAAAACUCAACUCGGUGUUCUUGUAUUUAACGACAUCUAUCACCUUAAAACAGACUAUGAAGGACAGUUUUCAUGAAGUCGAAAUGUUUACUAUUUUUUCAUGUUCUGCAUAAAUAAAAUCUGUAAACAAAACUUGUAAAUGUAACCAAAUAAAAGCAAUACAACAAUGGCCGACAGUGCAGCUUUGGUCAUCAGAAGCAUCAGCGUGCGUCAGAAAGGCUUCGUGGGUAUUAUUACGUCUGUCAGUUUGUGUUGAGACUGAAGUCACGCUGAUGAAAGGAGUCAUUUGGUUCUUGAGUCCAAGUUUCUCCGAGAGAAGAAUGAACGUCACACGUUAUUAUGAGAUUUUAUUCUGAGAUGAUCUCAUAACAGUCUGUGUUUAAAUCAUAACCUGCGCACGCUCCAUUAUUAACACGCUGUGUGAUUAUUAUGAGCUUCUGUAACCUUUAAAAUGACACUUAACACAGAACAGGAUUGAAUUAAAAACAGAAACAAAUUUUAUCGAAACAUAAACAAGGGUCAGUAAUGAAACCAAAUGUAACAAAAAUCUCAUUCCUUCUAUAUACGCCACAAAAUCUCUGUCAUCAAUUAUGUCAUAUACAUAAAAAAAAGUGCCCUCCAACUAUCCAAACAUUAUAGAGGCAAACUAUCAGUAUACUAACAUUAUAAAUAACACAGAAGACAAAGACGAAGACGUGAUGCUUUUGAACGGUUUGAAACACUUGAUAUGAGCUCAUGUGGACAUUGUGUUUUGUACAGAUCAUAUCACAUGUGUUGUGCACAAAAAUGUUCCUCAUUCUUAAAAAGAAUCACAAUCCCAGACAGUCUAGACUGGAGCAUCGGUUACUUGG